ACGGCGUCCAGGUUUCGUCAACAUCCACGCUUCACCCAAAGCCAUGCUCCAUGCUACUAACUGCUGGCCUACCACUGUCAGCAGUCCACGAAUGAAUCCCCUCCGAUAAUUAUGGCCGCGGUGUCGAAGGUCUCUUCGGCAAAUCGCCCAUCCGGCCAUACGAUCAAAGCCAUCGUCAACGAUCUCACGAACCGAUACCUCGCGAACCGGACGCGCAUAUCGCGGGCCGUGUAUCUGACCCUCUUCGUCGCCCUCAUCAAUCGCAUUCGAAAUGCCGUCGCCGAACAGAAAGCUGCAGCUCAGCGGCAGGCCGAGCUGCGGAGCAAAAGCGGAACGGGUGUGGGGGAAGGAGAGGCAACUGGCCGCAAGAAGGUGGAAUUGAAUCGGGAGUUCUUCAAAAACCUGAUACGUUUGCUCAAGAUUGUCAUACCAGGGUGGAGGAGCAAGGAGUUGCGGCUGUUGAUCAGCCACAGCGUGUUCCUGGUGCUCCGGACUAUGAUAAGUUUAUACGUGGCAGAGCUGGAUGGUAGGCUGGUGAGCAGCCUCGUGAGAGGCAAAGGGAAGGAUUUUCUCACUGGACUUGUGUGGUGGAUGCUCGUCGCUAUUCCGGCGACUUUCACAAACUCCAUGCUCUCGUACCAUCAGUGCAAGCUCUCUUUACAAUAUCGGACACGCCUUACAAACUACAUCCACAACAAGUAUCUUUCGCAAAUGACCUUCUAUACGCUCUCGGCUCUCGACGAUCGGAUCAAGAAUGCUGACCAACUCAUCACGGUUGAUGUGGCCAAGUUUUCGAACAGUUUGGCAGAGCUAUACUCCAACAUUGCAAAGCCCGUCCUCGACAUGGCCAUAUACAACUAUUCAUUAUCCAGAAGUGUAGGAGGAGAGGGACUCUUCUUCAUGGGUCUUAUUGUGCAGCUAUCGGCCAGCGUCAUGCGCGCCCUGACACCUCCUUUCGGGAAAUACGUCGCCGACGAAGCCAGAUUAGAGGGUGAGUUCAGAUUCCAACACUCGAGGCUCAUAGACUACAGCGAAGAGGUUGCGCUGUAUCAUGGACAUGAAGCGGAGAAAGAUACUCUAGACAAGGGGUAUUUCACGCUCAUCAAGCAUGUGAACAGGAUAUUGAGAAGACGCUUUUACCAUGGUGUCAUGGAGGACUUCGUCAUCAAGUACUUCUGGGGCGCUCUCGGGUUGCUGCUCUGCAGCGUUCCUGUGUUCUUCAAAGUCCCUGGUGUGGAGGCGAAGAGCAUGGGCGAUCGAACAGAAAGCUUCGUUACCAAUCGUCGUAUGCUGCUAAUGUCCUCGGACGCCUUCGGCCGCGUAAUGUUCUCCUACAAGGAGAUCACCGAGCUCGCUGGCUACACAUCACGGGUCUCGACUCUGCUCGAUGUCAUUGACGACAUACAAGCAGGCCACUUUGAGAAGAAGCUUGUGUCAUCCGCCGAUACGGAAGAGAACGCUGCUGUGCUACGUGGCAGAGGCACCGUUACCGAGGGUGAUGACAUCGAAUUUGUGGACGUUCCCAUCGUAUCACCUAAUGGCGACGUUCUUGUACGGAAACUGAGUUUCACGGUGAAGCCUGGAGAGCACCUGCUGAUUGUUGGGCCCAACGGGUGCGGCAAGUCAUCACUCUUCCGAAUAUUGGGAGGGCUGUGGCCGGUGUAUGGUGGCACAGUGCGCAAGCCCCCGUUCGAAGACAUCUUCUACAUACCGCAGCGACCCUAUCUUUCGAGGGGUACAUUGAGGCAGCAGAUCAUAUACCCAGACGGUGUAAGGGAAAUGAGGGACAAAGGCGUUACCGACGCCGACCUCUACAACAUCCUCUCGAUUGUUGAGAUCGAAUCUAUCGUCGACCGGCAAGGUGGAUGGGACGCCGAACAGGAAUGGACCGAUGUACUCUCCGGCGGCCUCCAACAACGUGUCGCCAUGGCGCGGUUGUUCUACCAUGCACCGAAGUACGCCAUUUUGGAUGAAUGCACGUCCAGCGUAACGCUGGAGAUUGAGCGCGUAAUGUACGAUGAAGCAAAACGGCUCGGCAUCACCCUUAUGACGGUGAGCCACCGCAGGAGUUUGUGGAAGUACCAUGAGAAGAUUUUGCAGUUCGACGGGCAAGGCAACUUUGUCUUUACGAAGCUGGAUGCUGAGAAGCGCUUGGAACUUGAGGACGAGAAGGAAGAUCUCGAAAUGCGUUUGCGUGCUGUGCCGGAUAUUGAGGAACGUAUUAGGGAAUUGGAGUCUGCCCAAGCCUAGCAGCUCACUGGUUCGUAGUGGGUUCUGAAGUUGGUUGUGUAAGAGUCGCCUAUUACGGUUAUAUGUAUGACGCUAGAGCGGAAUAUUAGAGGUCCCGCAUUGCAUCGAAAGGCGAACCCGGACAUCGACAAAUGGGAAUGUGG